UUGUUUGCAGAUAUUUAUCAUUUUAUAUUCUUUCGAUGGUUUAGUUGAAUGUUCGUAAAUACCUAUACCUUUCCUUAGUUAUCCCAUCCCACUCGACUCAUUUUGUAGCGAAGUCAUUUUUCGUCAAAACCAUUAUAUUGUGGUUAUUAGACGUACGCAGUCUCGGGACUCGUUCGUAAAACAAGUUAAGAACUAUUUCCUCAAGGUGGAUCUUUUUUCAUGCUAGUACUUUGUCUCUCCGUUAUUCUGUACUUUUUUCCUCUCUUUUUCUCGUUAAGUAUAUUUAUUAAUUAAAUGCAUUAAUUCGCUAUAUUUGUUCUUGAUUGGUAUGGUUUCUGUCAGCCAAAGGUAGCUUGGUAGAAAUUGCUACCCUAGCAAUAAGGCAGCCUUUUGCGUAUAUUUCUUUUUGUUUUAUAUGUUUGUUUUUAUUGCAAUUAAGUAUUAAUCAAUCAAUCAAUGCCUAAUCGAUUAUGUGACCUGAAACUACGUUAAGCCAUUGGUUCCAAUUGUAGUAUCGUUUCCGCCGGUCGUUAAAUCCAGUUCGCAAUAACCCGUGGUCGAUUAUGCUCCUUUUUCGCUACGGAAUUCCAUUGAAAGAAAUGACUUGUGACAAGAAUCUUUGUGAACAGUUAGUGGUCUUUGGUUGCAGGACAUUGGGAGAAGCUGCCGCUGUGGACUCUGGAGCGUGAGCUGGUGGUUCAAGACAUCGCGGAGAAGGAGAGCAUCAAGGUGCUUGAGAAAGCAACCGUGCCUAUAGUCAAGAUGACUGACAAAUACUCCGAUGUUAAGGUUGACAUAUCGUUCAAUAUGAGCAGUGGUGUAAAGAGCGCGGAGCUUAUCAAACAGUAUAAGGAAAAGUAUCCGGUCCUCUCCAGGCUGGUGAUGGUGCUGAAGCAGUUCUUGCUCCAGCGCGACCUGAAUGAGGUGUUCACGGGCGGCAUCUCCUCGUACUCGCUCAUCCUCAUGUGCAUCAGCUUCCUGCAGUUGCAUCCGCGCCCCGAGCGGCUCCGACAGCCGCACAACCUUGGCGUGCUGCUAAUCGAGUUCUUCGAGCUCUACGGCAGGAAAUUCAACUAUGUCAAGACGGCUAUAAGGGUCAAGAAUGGAGGCUCGUACGUUUCCAAGGAUGAAAUACAAAAGGAAAUGAACGACGGACAUCGUCCUUCGUUGUUGUGCAUAGAAGACCCUCUCACUCCCGGCAAUGAUAUAGGACGCUCCAGUUACGGAGCUAUACAAGUGAAACAGCAGGCGGUGGGUUGGGGCGGGCGCGGGUCUGGCGGGGUGGGCCUGGUGGGGCGGCACAGCGUGCUGGGGCGCGUGGUGCGUGUAACCGACCACGUGCUGCAGUACCGCCGUUGGGUGCAAGACACCUUUCAGCCGUACUUCUUCCCGCGCGCGUACCGACCUCUUCCCGCCCCCGGCCCCGCUCUUACGCCCGCCCCCGUGCCCGCCCACACCCCCGCCCCGCCCAGCCGCGAACCGUCCACGCCGCCAAGUGACAGCGACGAGUGGUCGGACAGCGGUUCCCCGCCGGGGUCGGGCGUGGUGGUGGUGGAGGCUCGCACGUCCCCCCCGCCGCUGUCGGCGUUGCAGUGCUCGUCGCCGACGCCGCGCCGCGUGUCCGCGCACCAGAGCCUCAUCAUACACCACAUCACCAGCGUGAUCCAACGGUACGGAAACGAACAGAAACGUCCCACAAACGCCACACGCAGUUUCCCAAAGCAGCGGCGCCACAACUCGCCCCCCGCCGCCCCCCGGCGUGCGGACAAGCAGCCGCGCCGCCGCCGCGCGCCCACCCAUCCCGCGCACCACCACGCGCCGCAUCACCUCCCCGCGCACGCGCACGCUCAGCGAUGA